GAGUAAAAUUAUACAAUCAAGAUGGACAUUUUGAACCAGAAAUUUGAUAGCGAUGAGGAGGAUGAAGACUACAUCCCUGCUGAAGAAAAGGCCAAGAACAGUCAGAAAAGAUCAAAGAACUCUCUGCACCGAAACACAACCAAUUCCUCCACCCAAGAAGCAGCGGACACGAUGCAGGCACUUCGAGACAAGAAACAGAGUAAAGAAGUUGACGAUAUUUGGGAAAUGAUGAAGGCUGAAGAACAGACACAGCAGAAGAGGGAAGAUGGUAUAGGGGGGGUGAAAGAAGAUGAGGAUAAGAGAAGGAUUAAGAGAGCGAAGGAAGUUGAAGAAGAGAAGGUGGAGAGAGAAAAGGAAAAGAGGAAGGUGAAGAAGAUUGAUGAGAGUUCGAGUAUUGAUGAUGCAGCAGCACAAGCUCUUCUUGCAAUAAGAGCGAUGAAAUCUAAGAAUAAUGGAAACACUGUGAAAGAAAAAGUCACAUUUGCUGGAGGCUCAUAUGAGAUUGAGAGGGAAAAGACUGCAAAAGAUGUCAAGAGAGAAGAAAAGAUUAAGCAAAGAGAAGCUAAAGAAAGUGAUGGAUUUGAUCAACUGGUCAGCAACAUUGACAAUCUUGAUAAGAAGGUAAACUGACUUCAAAAGACAGAAAUGGAUUGGGAGAAGUAUACCAAAGAGAAAGGUAUUAAAGAAGACCUUGAGAAGAACAGGAAGGAUGGUCAUUUAGCCAAACAAAGAUUCCUUGAUAAAGUAAGCGACACUGAGUACUCUCAGAAGAAGACUGCUAUCAAAAACAGAGAGGAACAAAUCAGAAAUCGGGAUGCAAAAUAA